AACAGCCAAAGAUUACUAAUUACAACUAAACUGUGUAGGUACCUACAUAAAUAAUUUAGGUACUAUGGCAGCUUCCAAUGAAAUAGUGAGCAUAGAUUCAUUGGUGUCGCAUUCUUUAUCAGAUUCAGAUUUAGACGAAUUCAACAGAAUUUACUAUGGCAGAAAAGAUAAACAUUCACUAGCCAUUAAAACAGAAAACAUUGAAUCUGCGGACCAUAACAACUUUGAAAUUGCUGCAUAUGAUUUCCCAGCUCAAAAGGAGGAAACCAGGAGUCCACGCAUUGUUCGAGUAGGUAUAAUUCAAAACUCGAUUGCUACUCCUACUAAUAAACCAAUUCGUGAGCAAAAACAGGGGAUUUUCAAUAAAAUACUAAAGAUAAUAAAUGCUGCUGCAUGCGAGGGUGUUAAUAUUGUGUGCUUGCAAGAAGCUUGGAGUAUGCCAUUUGUAUUUUGUACAAGAGAAAAGACACCAUGGUGUGAGUUUGCUGAGUCUGCUACAGAUGGUGAAAGUGUACAAUUCCUUAAAGAACUUGCUGUAAAACAUGGUAUGGUAAUUAUAUCACCAAUUCUAGAGCGAGAUGAGGCACAUGGUGAUACAAUAUGGAACACUGCUGUUGUUAUUAAUGAUUGUGGUAAAGUUAUUGGUAAACAUAGAAAAAACCAUAUACCCAGAGUAGGUGACUUCAAUGAAUCAACAUAUUAUUUUGAAGGUAACACUGGCCAUCCUGUGUUUCAAACAAAGUUUGGUAAAAUUGCUAUAAAUAUUUGUUAUGGGAGACAUCACCCUUUGAACUGGUUAAUGUUUGGUGUUAAUGGUGCAGAAAUUGUAUUCAACCCCUCUGCAACAGUUUCUGGCCUCAGUGAGCAUUUAUGGGGUGUUGAGGCUCGCAAUGCUGCUAUUGCUAAUAGCUACUAUACCUGUGCUAUCAACCGAGUGGGCACUGAGCAAUACCCUAAUGAGUUCACAUCUGGGGAUGGAAAACCAGCCCAUAAAGAAUUUGGUCAUUUUUAUGGAUCCAGCUAUGUAACUGCUCCUGACGGCAGUAGAACUCCAGGUUUGUCAAGGGUGAAAGAUGGAUUGUUAAUUGCACAGUUAGACUUAAAUUUGUGCCGACAAAUUAAAGAUAAAUGGGGUUUUACAAUGACCCAAAGAUUAGAUUUGUAUGCUAACAGCCUGCACAAGGCUGUGCAACCCGAUUAUGAGCAACAGAUUAUACGUCCAAACUAAAAUUUAUAUCUUGACAUACCUAAGCAUUAUCAUGUUGAUAUAUUCAUAUUUUUAUAUUUUAUAGAUUGUUAUGUUUAAAUAAAUUUAUAUUUAUGUUUUA